CCAUUAGUUUAUCAGAGGACGGACUUGGCUAAGCUGUCAGGAAGUUCUUUGUAGAAACAGCUCAGCAACCAGAGACUUUGGGGGAUGUGGGGCUGCCCUGUAACCUCAUACAAGGACGCAAUAUUCGGACUCUAGUACACAACUGGUCCAGUUUGCUAUGUGGCCGCUGCCAUCUGUGUUGAGAGAAAUGCAGUGCCGGCCAGUGUCCUGUGUAGGUUUGCUGGCAAGAAGUGAGAGGCUACUCACAGUGACAGAUAGAUCGCAUUGCCAACCGAGGAGAAACCAUCAUUCACUACACGGCAGAACCUCAAGCAGGGCAAUUCCACACAUAUUUCUCUCCCCCAAGACUCAAGGGCCAUUUUGGAGCUUUUCAGUAUGGAGAUUUUUGAGUGGCGUAACCACAGACGCAAUUCAGCAGCACCGCAAACUUCUAUCCAAGUGGUUCAGUUGUUUACCCAGUGAAGAGCGACACUUUGGCCCAUCAUUUGCAAUAGAUUCCAUUCAUGUGGAUCCUGUGAUCCGUGAGAGCUCCCUAGAGGAGACUUUGCGCCCCCUGUCUGACCUCUCAAUACAGAGUCAGUUGCAAAGCCCACUCUGCCCCAGGAGUAUAUCUGUGUGUCAGCUCUUUCGUCCUAAUGCCUCUGGGCAGCAAGUUCGGAGUGUGGUUCUGUAUGGGACUGUGGGUACUGGUAAGAGUACCAUGAUUCGGAAAAUGAUUUUGGACUGGUGCCAUGGACGCAAUACUGAAUUCCAGCUGAUCAUCCCUCUGUCCUGUGAAGAUCUGUCCCAAGUCAAAGCACCAAUCUCAUUGUCAAAACUCAUCACCAGAAAGUAUCUUCAUCUGAAAAAUCUAAUUCCAACCCUGUCCCAACACUCUAGGGUUCUUUUUAUACUUAACAGUUUGGAAUGGAUGGACCUGGACUUCAGGAUGGCAACAACGGAGCUAUGCAGUGACCCAGAUGAACCCUUACCACCCUCUGCCAUCAUUGUGAACUUACUGAGAGGAUACCUUCUACCAGAAGCCAAGGUGUUGGUUACCACCCGUCCGUCUGCUCUGAGACGCAUCCCUGGUAAAUACAUUGGACGUUAUGCAGAAAUUUGUGGAUUUUCAGACAUGGAGCUUCAGAAGAUGUAUUUUCACUUGCGUUUGGGUCACAAAGAUGCUGAUCCUAAGGAGACUGAGAAUCUGGCAGAGAUGUUAUUCCGCAAUUUAGAACACCACAGCCAGUUGUCUGCUGCCUGUUUCCUGCCCUCAUACUGCUGGCUCACCUGUGCCACUUUACACCUUUUGUACUACACCAAGCCUGGUGACUCCCCCAGAACUUUAACUGGCAUUUAUACCAGUUUUCUACGACUCAACUUUGCUGGAGAGGUGCUAGAUAUUACACAUCCCUCCAAAAUCUCUCUCAUGCGGUAUGUGGCACGCACAGUGGGUAAAUUGGCAUUUGAGGGCUGCCGUUCAAGACGUAUGCAAUUCACAGAAGCUGACCUCAUACGCUGUUUCCAAGUGCAGCUGAAUAGUGAGGAGGAGCUAAACCUCCUUGAUGUCUUCCGUGCAGAUGCUUUUCGCUUUUUUUUGACACCAUCAUUCCAUCCAGAUAAGGAGACACUCUUUACUUUUACCAUACCUGCCAUGCAAGAGUACCUGGCUGCAUUGUAUGUGGUGCUAGGAGAGAACAAAACUGCCCUUCAGCGUAUUGGAAGGGAAGUAUCUGAUAUCAUAAGUAAAGCAGGGGAGGAUGUUGUUGCAGUGGUCAAUGUUCUAUCCAAAUUCCUUCCCCUCAGAGUCUUUGCUCUCUUUAACCUUUUGCGUGUUGUACCUAAGCUUUUUGGAAGAGUUAGUGGAAUGAGUCGCGAAAACAUUGCCCAAACAAUGACUGUGGAAAUGUUUAGAGAGGAGGAUGCUUUCAAUGAUGAUGUUUUAGACCAGAUCAAUUCCAGUAUCCUGGGUAUUGAAGGACCAUUGCAGAUGCCUAAUGAAGAAGAGAUGAGCAAGCAAGAGGCAUUUGAAUUGUUCCCCAUCUUUAUGGCUGGUCUGCUAUCCAGACAAAACCGCAUCAUGUUGGACCAGUUAGGCUGCUCAAUCAUGAACUUGUCAGCACUGGAGAUCAUUCGAGCACUAAAGAAACACCUGUUGCGUAGCAGCCUGAAAAAAUUACCACCAUCUGAGCUCAUGGACUUUCUCUUUUUCCUGUAUGAAUUCCAGAAUGAGGAGUUCACUGCUGGGCUGGUCACCUCACUGAGAUCUCUGGAUAUUUCUACUGUGCGAAUGACUCCCCUUAAGUGCUUUGUGGUAGAAAAUGUAAUGGGUAACUUGGUAAAACCUCUGGAAGAGUUUAAUCUAAGUUCUUGUCACCUGGAUCCAGAUGCCAUACAUACCCUAGCCCCAGUCCUGAGGAGAUGCAAAAACGUCAAUUUACAGAUGAACUCUCUUGGCCCAGACUCCUGCAAAGCUCUACAAGAUGUCUUGUUACAUCCCGACUGUGCUAUUACAAAUCUAAGGUUAUGUAAUAAUCCCCUGACUCCAGAGGGUGCUCGUUUAAUAGCAGAAGCAUUGGCAAGAAACCACUCUUUGACGCAUCUCUCUCUUCUGCACACCGAUGUGAGGGAUGAAGGGGCAGAGUUUUUAGCACAUCACCUAGGGAACAACCAACACCUUAAAGAGCUGAAUCUGGCAUAUAAUGGGAUCCAUGAUCAGGCUGCGCUGAGACUAGGGGAAGAGGCUGCCCGUCACCCCACUCUUAGCCGAGUGCAUCUUUACUUUAAUGAACUGUCAGAUGAAGGCCUCCGCUCCCUCCAAUCUCUAGGUGGUGUCAGAGUGUUGGUUUCUCUCACGGAGGGGACAGAUCCUCCCGCCAUUGGCCUUGAUUCUUCGGGAACUUCGAACCCAAUGCUGGUGGCUGGGAUCAUGCCAAGAUUAGUGCCCAUCUCACACUGUUACUUCCGAGACCUGCAAAGUAGCCGGGCACUCACUGGGAAACAUGCUACGGAAAAUUAGACUCCUGCGUGUAGAAAGAAAAGUCAAAAGCAUGCUGGGUCGUAUUCAGAAGGGAGAGCUCUGAUUCUAGUUGUGUGUGCGCCACACUGUAUAUUAUUGGGGAAUGAUCCAGGGACCGAGUGUGUGAUUGCAUGCAAGUGCGCAGCUGUUAAUUUAC